AUGGACCUAGCAGACUCGGCUUGGUAUCAGCAGUUUCCAGUUUGUGCCUUCCCCAAGGAGAGGCGCAUACAGUAUGACAGACGCAACUUCACUUUCUACAAUAAAACAGUGGACAAGGUUUUUCAGAUCUUCCCAACCAAAGUCAAUUUCACAAGAUCCAGCCCUGACCUUUGUAGAACUUGUGCUGUGGUUGGGAAUUCUGGUAAUCUCAAUGGAUCGCAUUAUGGACCACUGAUAGACUUUCAUGAUAUUGUCAUAAGAAUAAACCUUGGGCCCACAAAAGGCUUUGAAAGAGAUGUUGGAAACAAAACAACAUACCAUGUGAUGUAUCCAAGGAGUUUCACAAAUUUGGACACCACCACACAUCUUGUCUUUUUUCCAUUCAAAAUUUACGAUCUGCAGUGGCUUAUCCGGUCUUUUACUCAAAGAAAGGUAAUUCUAUUAUUUACUAAACUGUCAUUGAAGUCUAACUGUAAUCUUUAAUAGGUGAUGAUCCUCAGCCCUGCUUUCAUGAAAUAUGUCCAUUAUGUUUGGCUAAAACAACAUGGGAGGUAUCCAUCCACUGGCUUUCUGACUUUGGUUCUCAGCUUGUACUUGUGUGAUGAGGUUAGUGUGUUUGGAUUUGGAGCAGACCAGGAUGGAAACUGGAAUCAUUACUAUGAGCAAAUCAAAAACAAACGUCUGAAAACUGGACAACAUCCUGGAAGCCUGGAAUAUCAAUAUAUUGAGAAACUUCAUAAGCAACGGAAAAUUAAUUUUUUCAGAGGAUGGUAAUCUGGCUUUUGGUGUCUCUCAGGGGCAUUAAGAUAAGCAGUCCCCAGAAAUGUAGAAUUAAAAUACUUAAGAAUAGUAGAUCUAAAAAAAUAAAAAAAUAAAAAAAUGUGUAGCUUUGUUCAGUAGUUGC